AUGACAGAUCAGGAGGUGACCACACUUGCGUAUUCAAAAAGCCCGAAAACGUUAAAAAGAACAACAUUUCAGGAUGAACUUCAGGCAGCUGUGUCCUCCAGGGCAAGCAGAACAAAAGCAGAACAAUUGUCUAAUUUUAAUAACAUCGACGAAGAAGAUGAAUUUUUCAACAAACUUCUCCGUUCAAAAAAAAGCAGGAUUGAUGCGUUUAAGGCUGGGAAGGCCAAGGCAAAACUGAAGACGUUUGACCUUUCAGAUGACGAUGAAGACAAACAUAGCAGGCCGAAGAAGGUUUCCUUCCUGAAAUCUCAAAGAAGCAGCUCAGACUCUAAAGACAAAGCAGCUUCAGAGGCCCACGAAGACAAGCCACUGGGGUCUUCUGUUGACGCAUGUGACAAUAAUAAUGGCUCCUUUUCUUCCCAGCACUCCACAAAUGAAGAAAAUACACAGGUUAAAAAUAGUGUGGAGUUUUCUGAUCCUCAGCUCACGACGGAGAACACAAGUCAGUCAUCUAAAACAUCAGACGAUACUCUGCCUUUGCCUCCAACGUCUGGCAGCAGCGUGGAGGAAGCGCCAGGUCCAACGGAGCAGAAGAGGAACUCCGUGUUGGGAGAAACCUUUGAGGUUCCAUCAACAUCUCUCCUCAACAACACUUCUUCAGCUGAGAGGGAGCCGCCUAAACCCAAACCUCGACAAAGGACUCUCGGAUUAAAGCCACGCGUUACAGAAAGAACAGCUGAAGAAACUGCACCUCCGGAUUUAAACGGGCCCCUGGCGUCCUCUGUGUCAGCCCCUCUCUCUGAUGCAUACAGCAGCACUGCUCAGACUGACGGAGAUCACUCAGUUUCACCUGACCUCAGCAAAUCCUCUUCAAAUAAGAGCAAACAGUCGCAACUCGCUACUAAAUCCACGCUGGAUUCUGGCUCCAGAGAUGCUUUUAUUUCUGAUGACAGCAAAGAAGCAGAGAAAAACUACUCAUUGUUUGAAGAAUUUAAUGGAUGCUCAAGAGAUACCUCAAAUCAACUCUCUCAUGCCCCUGAUGAAUCGUUGGACACCAUGACAUCCACUUCUAGCACGAGGUCUCACAGUGCGUGCUCCAAAAAGGUAGAAUCGAAGUACUUGGGGGCUCUAAAAGUUCUGGACCGUAAAGUUUCUCUACAAGAGUCCCAGCCAAAAGCAGCAGAUUCUGUCAGGGCAGCAGUUUACCAGGAAUGGCUAAAAAAGAAAAGAGAAGCGUCAAGACGCAACAUUGAGCUGAAGAAGAAAGAGCAGCGUUUAAAAGAAAAGGAACAGCAGGAACAAGAGUCUAAAAAGGAAGACGUCGAUGCCUCUUAUGAAGCUUGGAAGGAAAAGAAAACAGAAAUCCUCAGAGCCAAGGCAAAAGAAAGGAACGAGAAGACGAGAAAAGAACAAAAAGCAACUGAGGAGAAACAAGAGAAAAUACAGUGUGCUAAACAGGUGUUCGAGAAGUGGAAGGAGGAACGAGGUCACCUGCUGAGAGAGAAACGCCGACAACAGAAAGAAGCUGAAGAUAAACUUCAGCUGCAGAAACAAGAGCAAGAAGAAGAGAAGAAGCAAAUCAACAAGUCUGCUUUUUCUGACUGGUGUGAAAAGAAGAAAGAUGUUCUUCGCAAAGAUCUGGAGAUUGAACGCGAACAAAACCAAAGCAAAGCGAAGGAAAAGCAGUGCCUGAAAGAAGAAAGGGACAAGAUGGCUUUAGAGAAAUUUGAGAGCUGGCUGACGAGAAAGGACCAGGAGCAGAAGAAAAGAUGGAGGGACAGACAAGUACAAGCAAUAAUUCAAGAGAGUCCUCCCCCACCCUGGAGCCCUCCGAAUAAAACCGUACCGUUUGGAAAAUGA